AAAUUGAAUCUGAUUGAUGAUUCUUGCUGUGAAAUUUAAUUUACGCUAAUUUCAAUUUUCUAUUUAUAUCCUCAAACUAACAAAACAUUUAUGCAGUCAGACGAUGAAAACUGUGCGUUGCAUACAUGCUUCGACUUCCUGAAAACCGCAGUCAUGGGGUGCUGCUAUAGUAUAUGCCACAAUGAUUCAGAUCCUCAGGAUAAUGUCCCUAACGAAAGGACGCAUCUUCUUGAGGUCCCCGAGCAGCAGCAGGAAACACCAUCUCCUACCAUGUGUGCUUCUACACCUCCUCGAAAACCAGAUGAGCAGAGUGCUCUAAAUAGGAUACUACAUGAGACUGCUACUAAUGUAAUAGAUGUGGGGGCUCUAGGCCCAUACUCGCUAGAAGCUAAUGCGUAUAGUGAACGAGUGAGAGCCUACACGGCCAGAGCAGCUUCUGCAGCACUACCUCCACCGAUACCUGUAAAAUUAUUAGCUGACGUUCCACCGACCCUUUCCAAAGUGAUUCUCAAUGGUCCGCCACCAGAUUGUGCAGAUAAAGAGCUGAUAACGAAUGCAGUGAAGAAAGCCGCGGCGGCCAUCUCCGAACUCAGGGUGGAGCAUCACGAAGAUUUGGUGGUGCCCUUCAGAGUGCCAUAGCGCAGGAAUGGGGCUUCGAUGUCUGACGACGCCCCUGACGUAUAGACUGAUGUCUGAUGAUUUAUGAACGUACUAUAAGCUUCAAAUAACGAAUUAAUCUUAAAUUUAAAAGAAACCAUUUUUUUUUAAUUAAAAAAAUGAUUUUUUUUUUUGUUACAAAGAUUCAAUCCAAAUUAAUUUUAAAAUUUACCAAUUUAGAUUUAUAUUUCUGUAAUGAAUUCAAAAACUACUGUACCAAUUUUGAUAUUGGAACUUUUUUUAUAUUUAAGUAUGCAGUUUAUUCCGAACGUAAUAGCUAAUUAAUGCUUAUAGUAUGUUAUGUACACAAUUAAGAGCUUAAAGCUUCAAUGGUCGUAAUCUUUGUUAAAAGUAUUAUACAGGGCGUUACUCAUAGUUGAGAAAACUUUCUUCUAACGGAUAUAAAUUUGAAUUUAUUUAACUUAAUAUUUGUUGACAAAUACGAUAGUCUAUUGAAUUGUUAUAGCGCCAUCUAUCGGCGCAAAGGUGGUACUUAUUUGGAGGAUUUGUUAUGUAGUGUAAAACGUUUAUAUCCGUUUUAAUCUUAAUACAUUUGCACUUUUACUUUGUAACAUUCUCUAUAACAUAAGACUGAAAUUAAACAAACAGAAAUUAUACCUACUUUCAAAAUAGUUAUUUGAUUUUUUUAAAAUCUUGAUUAAUUUAUGAUUUUUAAAGAUCUUAAUUAAAUUUAGAUUUUUAAAAAUUUAAAUUAAUCUAGAUUUCUUAAAAGUAAAAUUAACUAACAAUAAAAAAAAAUAAGAUUUUAAACAAAAAUUAAUUUAAAUUUUUAAUUAAUUUUAAUUUAAAUACGUUAACCUUAUACAGUAAAUCAGUUCUAUUCCCAAAUUUCUCAACUUCUUUAGGGUUCUCUCUUGAAAUUGCCUGGUAGCAAAACUAUAUCACUUGGAAAUUACAGAGUAUCAACGUUUAAGAGUUUUACACCCUGUAUAAUCGAUAUAAUGAAUGUUAUAAUGUUGCCAGUUUAUAUCAAAAACUUUUCUCUUCAUUUGUGUAUUAUUUUGUUUUCAUUCAGAUAAUAUUAAUCUAAAUAAAGGGGCAUAAAAAUAAAUUUAAUAAAUGGUAAAAUGUAUGGACAUAAAUUUUGGUCAAAUAAUAAAAAUCAAAGAUGCAAAUACAGUAAUGGGUAAACCGGUAAACAGGUAACAGGGCAGUGAUUAACUAUCGAAUCAGUCGAUUAAUAAAGGCAGUGAACAGGUUUAAAAUAAUUAUAAUAAUCUAAAAAUUUAUAAUGAUGCCCCUAUAUAACUGAUGUUUGUUUACCGGGUUUAUGUAUAAUUAAUAUUACUUUCAAAUAGUAAUAUGUUAAAAUUCUGAUUUAAGACAAUUUUAAAAACCUAGUCUAUUUCUUAAUUGAACUCUGCCAAGUAAGAGUAUUAGGUGAAUCUUUGAUUUAUAAUCCUCAGCUAUGCUAGAUAAGAAAUAUUGUAUAUAAUGUAUUUUAAUAUAGCAAUUUGUAUAAAUAAAUUUGUAAUUCCUUUGUCAUUAAGAUUGUCAAAUUCAUAUAUAAUAAAAAUUUAUUCCUGUGGUCAUUUA